GUUGAUCUCGGUGACAAGAGGAGAACAAUGUUGUCAUCUUCUUCAUCUUAUCCUGAGCUGUCGCAUGCCAGCAAGCCAGACCCACCGCGAUUGGUCUCGGUAGUUGGUCACAGCACAGUCAAGUAAGAGAUGGAUUUAAUUACUAGAUAAUUAGUGCAUGAAGCUGUACGCUUUUAAAACCAAACAACAGUGUGCGGUGCACUACUGCUAAAAACACACAAAUAAACUAUCACACUAAUUCAUUACAGAUGUAAAUAUAAUGUUGGCUGAUAAUUUUGUUUAUAACUGAACUUGAGCUAUUUUUGUUUCCAUCUCAUUGCCAGUUUUGUCCAGCUAAGAGAAAGUAUAAAACUGCAACUGAAUUUCCCUGGAUACUUUUACAGGUAUUUACAAAUAUUUUUAAUCAUCUUUCCUGGGCAUCAGUUUUUAGUUUAUUUUUGAAUGAACCAAACGAUGUCCUUUCUGCCAUUUCCAGAAAUUUGUUAUAAAAAAAUUUAUUUGAAGGAAAAUUGUUCUGAAAUUGGUUUGAACAUAAGUUUUUUGCCAAUUAAUUGUUAAAUGUAGAUUUAUUUAUUUAUUUUUAAAAAGUAUUUUUAGGGAAGGUCAAGGUGCAAGAAUUUUGGGGAAAAUGUAAAAAAAAAAAAAAAUUGGGUUUGUUUUUUCCCAUUAUUUCAUUUUGAACAAAUUUCUGAUCCAAGUAUUUUCCUUCAAACAAAUCUUUUUCGUACAAAUACUCAAUAAGCAAAUUCUGCUAUGUGAUGUGGUUUGAUGUAUGAUGGUUGUUUUUGUUGUUUUUUUAAACAUGUUAAGUGCAUUUAAAUUGCCACCAGUCGCCUGUUUAUCUGGUUUGAUUCAUUAAUAGAAUUCAGUUUUUUCAUCAACUUAAAAUAUGUGAAGAUCAAAAAACAUAAUAAAAGAAAAUAAAAGUUUAAGUUUUUUAACAUUGUUUUUUUUCUGCCUCGCAGUGAAUGUCCAACACUUGCAUCUUCAAUACCUUACUUC